GCCUCAGAGGAGGCAUGCACUCAGUUGUUGAAACCCCGAGCCUAAGGAUACGAGCUGAGCCACCCAAACUCUGCAGUAGCCACAGAAGGCAAAGACUGUGAGAAACAUCUUCACACAUCCAGGCUGGACCCAGAUCCCACAGCUUUUACCUCCCAGAUCCUCCAGCUGCUGACUCCUUGUUUUGAACUCUUCUGUUUGCUGGGCUCCUCUUUGUCGCUGCCUGUCUGGGUGCGCUGAGCGAUGAAGAUCCCUCUGUGGUGCCUGGUGGUCCUGCUGGCAUGUCUCUUCACCCCUGGAUGCAGCGACUGUCAGGGGCAAUGUAUGGCCUGUGGACUGCUCCUGCAGCAACAGCAGCUGGAACAAACCUUCAACACCAUGGUGUGUUUGUUGGAAUGCGAGGGUCGCAUCUCCUCUUCGCUGACGUGGGACGUAUGCAAACACGCUGUGAAGCUAUCGCUCCAUCCUACACUUUCUGAAGGAGGCGCUCUCUUCAAGAGAACGGGAGAGGAGCUGGAGCUGACCUCUCUCGACCUGAACUCUGACAGUGAACUGGUGCAGUCGACAGCUGCGGAGCGUUUCCAAGAGGGGGAUCGGGAUGAGACACCCUUCGAGCAGCGCAGCGUCCAGUAUGACUCAUCGCUGCUGGGAUCCUCUGAGGAGGGGGAGGGCCUGCAGAGUCUGGAUCUCAGUCUGACGGAUGAAGAGCAGAAGCCCAGAGAGGAGAGGAACGUGGAAAGCGAUGGCCAGCUAGAGGCCGGUGAAGGUGAGAGUUCAGAGGGCAUCGCCUUAUCCAAACGCUUUGGCGGCUUUCAGAGGGGGCGCCACGCAUACAGGAAGCUGCUGGGCUCAUCGAUGAGGCCGCUACAGAAGCGCUACGGCGGGUUCAUAGGCGUCCGGAAAUCUGCCCGCAAAUGGAACAGUCAGAAACGGGUCAACCAGCUGCUGAGGCAGUACCUGGGCAUGAGGAGCAACCGCAGCGGCAGAUUCAACCCCAUCCCCAUGAGCCGCCUGUGGCGGCAACACAAACUGUAACGCUUCCGGGGCGCCGCCUCUGCUUACCUCAACCUGUCAACCAUUUUUUUCCCACAGCAGCUCACUCCAGUUUGAACUGUGACGUCAUCAGAAGAACAGACUCCGCCAUCUUGCCCCGCCUCACUUCGUGUCUCCAAGUAACAAAGAAUGUUUUGACCGUGAUGUCCUUCCUAUUAACCACAUUUACAUGCCAUUCUGUGAAAUAAAAGAAUUCGAGAAGUGCAAUUGAAUAUAUUUUUGUGUGUCGGUAUAAUAAAAAGUGGCCA